AUGGCUUCUCGUUUUAGCUUGAAGAUGAAGACCCUCUCCCUGCUUGCCCUCUCCCUUGCCGUCUUCGUGGAGGGCACUCUGGGGGAAGUAACUUGUGAGAAUCUGGGGGAGGACAAGUGCGCGUUCGCUGUGUCGGCGACGGGGCAGCGGUGCGUGCUGGAGAAGCAGGUGAAGCGCACCGGAGAAGAGAAGUUCGUGUGCCGCACGUCGGACAUUGAAGCCAACAAGUUGAAGGAUUUGGUGGAGAGCGACGAGUGCAUCAAGGCCUGCGGCGUCGACAGGAAGUCUCUUGGCAUCUCCUCCGAUUCCCUGCUUGAGUCUCGCUUCACCCACAAGCUUUGCUCCUCUGAGUGCUACCAGUCCUGCCCCAACAUCGUUGAUCUGUACUUCAACCUUGCUGCCGGCGAAGGCGUAUUUCUUCCUAAACUAUGCGAGGCGCAAAGCGUGCGUAGGGGAAUGGCGGAGAUCCGAAGCUCUGGCUUUGUUGCAACCGCACCCAAGGCAGAAGUGCAUUCUUCUUUGUUUACGACAUGGCAUGUCGCCAUUUUGCUUCAAAUGCAGCUUGAGGCCUUAAUGGAUUUGCUCACUGCCUUGAGAUGGGCAGUAGUGGUUCUACAUUUUUCUGCGAUAAAAGAGGUUCUUUAUAAUGUUUGA